UGUCGGUGUGCGCCACUGACAGACGCUGCUCUGGUUUGGCGCAAGUAAUAAGCUGAAAAAAAGACUACAAAGUUGCAAAGCUGCACCUACAAUUAAUGACCGACGGGCACUGACAGCUCCACACAACAACAACAGCCCACACGAGAGGGCGUUUCUACUAGAAUCAAAGGUCGUCUGACGCUGGACCUAGCAAUUCGUGCAUUCCCGAUCCAGGUAUACAUUGUUGCUCCUCGUCGUUUCCCGUGAACGCGCCGGUAGCUGAUGUCAUUGGAACAGGUGCGCGAAACCAAGUUAACAACAGUCGCCCUAGAUCGCGAGGGAUUACACGCGGAUCUGAGUGUUUUUCUACGGCGUUUCAUUCAUCAGCCGGUAUUACCGAGCGAUUUGAGGAGGCUAGAUUAUUUUUAUGCGCCUGGAUGAAGUAGGCUGUCCUGCCUCGGUGGUAGUUUAUUGCCAUUUCCGUGUCUUUUGCUCCUAGAAAGCGUUUGUUUGGAUCGUGCGAGGACAUUUGGCGACACACUUCUUGGUGAGCUCUGAAGACUAGCGUAGAUUUUAAGGCAAUGAUCUAUUUUACCUUCGCGUGAGCUUGUGCCUCAGUUCUGAUGAAUUUCGUGCGUUUUGACUGAACCAUACUGGGAGUACAACCGAGCGAUGUCAAUUGUGAAGUUUUAGGACCUUUUUUUUACCUUUACAUCAAGACAUGGGAAUGAAGCCGCUGUGCUUUUUAGCACUCUAAACGCGCUUGCAUAAGGAAAUAACCAGUUUGUUUUGAGAGACUCGUGUACGAAAGGGAUUAAUCAUGUCCAAGACGCUGAAGAAGAAGAAACACUGGUCCAGCAAAGUGCAGGAAUGUGCUGUUUCGUGGGGUAAUGCAGAGGAGCUCUGCGCCGUGUUGGAGAUACGCGGAGGAGCCGAGCACGGAGAGUUCCCGCACCUGGGACAGGUGUUGUCGGACGCGCUAGUGUGCCAUGUCGGCAGGCUGCCUGGUCCAGGAGAUGUGCUUCUGGAGGUGAACGGCACGCCUGUCAGCGGACUGACAAACCGAGACACCCUCGCCGUCAUCCGCCACUUUCGCGAACCCCUCCGUCUGAAGACUGUCAAGCCAGGUAAGGUGUUGAACACAGAUCUGCGUCACUACCUCAGCCUGCAGUUCCAGAAAGGCUCUUUGGACCACAAGCUCCAGCAGGUGAUCCGGGAUAAUCUGUACCUGCGCACUAUUCCCUGUACCACGAGACAGCCUCGCGAAGGGGAGGUUCCAGGAGUGGACUAUAAUUUCAUCAGCGUGGGGGAGUUUCGUGUGCUGGAGGAGAGCGGCCUGCUGCUGGAGAGCGGAACUUAUGAUGGUAAUUAUUAUGGCACCCCAAAGCCUCCUGCAGAGCCCAGCCCUGUGCAGCCUGACCUGGUAGACCAGGUUCUGUUUGAUGAGGAGUUUGAUGCAGAGGUUCAGCGCAAACGCACCACGUCUGUCAGCAAAAUGGACAGAAAGGACAGCGCAGCUCCUGAAGAAGAGGAGGAGGAUGAGAGACCACCCAUGGUCAACGGACUCACAGAACACAAGGAGGGACCAGACUGGAGGAAAACUGUGCCCAGUUACACACAGUCCAGCAGCAGCAUGGACUUCCGCAACUGGAACACCAUGCCACGUGAUGACAGCCAGGAUCCCCUGCCCAAGAACUGGGAAAUGGCCUACACAGAGACCGGCAUGGUCUACUUCAUAGAUCACAACUCCAAGACCACGACCUGGCUCGACCCACGACUGGCAAAGAAAGCAAAGCCUCCUGAAAAAUGUGAAGAUGGAGAGCUUCCAUAUGGCUGGGAGAAGAUUGAGGACCCGCAGUACGGGACUUAUUACGUGGACCACAUCAAUCAGAAGACUCAGUUUGAGAAUCCAGUGCAGGAGGCCAAGAAGAAGCUGAGCCAGGAGACAUCUCCAACCAACCAGCCGACGGCAGCAGCAUCAGCCGCAGUAGCAGCUCCAGCAGCAGCACCCUCCGGUGAAGUUGGCUUGAGAGGAUUCACGCGGGACCCGUCUCAGCUGCAGGGUGCCAUCUUGCGCACAACACUGAAGAAAAGUCCUCAGGGCUUUGGCUUUACCAUCAUCGGUGGAGAUCGACCAGAUGAGUUCCUUCAAGUGAAGAACGUCCUGAGAGAUGGACCUGCCGCACACGACAACAAAAUCGCUUCAGGUGACGUUAUUGUAGACAUAAAUGGUGCAUGUGUGCUGGGCAAGACUCACGCAGAUGUGGUGCAGAUGUUCCAGUCAAUCCCAGUGAACCAGUAUGUGGAUAUGGUCUUGUGUCGUGGAUACCCAUUGCCAGAGGACACCAACUCCAGCGAAGAGGGCACAGGAGACAUAAUGACCGCCAUGCCAGGAAUGGACGGCCAGCCAAUCCAUUUAGAUGGCACCGCGCCCCUGCAAGACCUCCAUUACAUGAGCGCUGAUGGCAGACUCCCAGCUGCAGCGAUGCCCAAUGGACGCCACCCCGAGGCAGGAGAGAGCACACUCCUGCAGCCAGAGCUGGUCAGUGUGCCACUGGUGAAGGGGCCGGGUGGUUUUGGCUUUGCCAUUGCUGACUGUCCGCUGGGCCAGAAGGUGAAGAUGAUUCUGGACGCGCAGUGGUGUCGGGGCCUGCUGAAGGGCGACGUCAUAAAGGAGAUCAACAGACAGAACGUGCAGACGCUCAGUCAUGCGCAGGUGGUGGACAUUCUCAAAGACCUGCCGGUGGGCAGCGAGGUCAACGUGCUGGUGCUCAGAGGAGGUCAGACGUCUCCCGUGAAGUCUCUCAAACCUAUCACGCCAGCGAUGCCCAUUACCCAGAAGCAGGACAUCAUUACCACCAGCUCCAUCAGUACUGACACUCCCAGUCCAGCUGAACCUGCGCCCCAAUCCCUGCCCUUCCCGCCACAGCUCAUUCGCUCCAGCUCCCCAAAACUGGACCCAACAGAGCUCUACCUCAAGUCCAAAGCAAUGCAGGACAGCAAACCCAUCAACACUAAAGAGCUGGAUGUGUUCAUCAAGAGAAACCAGGAGACUGGAUUUGGGUUUCGAGUGCUUGGUGGAGAGGGACCAGAUCAGCCAGUGUACAUUGGUGCCAUUGUUCCUCUGGGAGCCGCAGAGAAAGAUGGCCGGCUGCGGGCUGGAGACGAGCUCAUAUGUAUUGACGGCGUUCCUGUCAAAGGCAAAUCUCACAAACAGGUUCUGGAGCUCAUGACUAACGCCGCCCGCAAUGGCCAGGUCAUGUUGACCGUGCGCAGAAAACUCACCUUUCAAGAUCGAGAGGAAGAUGAUGGAGUUUAUCCUCCGGCUCCCCAGGCUCUAUCGCUGGUCAACGGAUCCCCCAAACCGUCCCAUGUGGAGGUGUCUGGACACAGCCAUCCUCAGCCCUACGACGUCACUCUUCAGCGCAAGGACAAUGAGGGCUUCGGCUUUGUCAUCCUCACCUCCAAAAACAAGCCGCCGCCUGGAGUCAUCCCGCAUAAGAUCGGCCGGAUCAUUGAGGGCAGUCCCACAGACCGCAGCGGUCAUCUGAAAGUAGGAGACCGCAUCUCUGCCGUCAACGGACAGUCCAUCAUUGACCUGUCACACAACGACAUCGUGCAGCUCAUCAAAGAAGCUGGAAACGCCGUCACCCUCACCGUGGUGCCCGAGGAGGGUGAGCUCUGGGGAAAAUAUCUUGAGCACAGCGGGCCUCCGUCAGGCACUAGUUCAGCCAAGCAGAGCCCAGCCAUCCAACACAGAGCCAUGGGACAGCAGCCUGCCAGCCGAGAAGACAGGAAUGGUGUGGAGACGGAGGAGAGGAAAGACAGUCUGGGCCGAGUGGAGUAUAAAGCUCUUCCUCAGGGGGAAAUGGGGACUGUCAUCACCUCAGGAAUAAAGCAGGGCUGUUAUCCAGUGGAGUUGGAAAGAGGACAGAGAGGCUUUGGCUUCAGUCUGCGAGGAGGAAAGGAGUAUAACAUGGGGCUCUUCAUCCUCAGACUCGCUGAAGACGGUCCAGCACUGAAAGACGGAAGAAUACAUGUGGGAGAUCAGAUCGUGGAGAUCAACGGUGAACCCACACAGGGCAUCACACACACACGGGCCAUCGAGCUCAUCCAGGCCGGAGGAAAUAAAGUCCUGCUGCUUCUAAGGCCUGGAUUGGGCCUGGUGCCUGACCACAACAUGCAAGAUCUGAUGACAGGUCCAUCUGCAAACUCUCCAAGGUAUUCUGCAUCCAGUGAGCCCUCGACACCAGCAUCUCCAUCCUUCAUUUCCCACUCACCUGCGGUCAGUCCCCCUCCAACCGAGGAGCUGCUCAACACCUCUUAUGGGCAACUCCACCAACACUACAGAGACGCCAAACAGCAGACUCGAAAGAUCGACCCGAGCAUGCCUCGAGACACCAAUGACAACUUGGCGAUCCCCCGAAAACUGGACGGAAAAGAGCGCUCGCGAAGUCCAAAAAAGACUUACCCUGGUGAACACGAACCUCGAUCCUCCAGCCCCAGGAAAACCAAGAAGGACAACAUCAGACAGGAAAUGCCUCAAAAGGCCAUUGAUGGAUUGAGGUCUAGCUCUGGAAGGAGACACCAAGAUGAGGACCCUGCGCAGAAGCAGGACAGGGCAAUGGAGGUUUCCAGAGGAGACAGUGAGCGAUACCAGAGGAACAAGACAGCAGAGCCUCAGAAACCUCACAACGAGAGCGGGACCAUCAACCGGAAGGACCACAGAGGUUUGGACAGCCCUCGAUGGGACGAAGACUCCAAGGCAGCACCUUCAGAGACUCCCCAGAAUGGUGGCAACCCUUCGGCCAAGAAAGCCCCCAUAACUCCAGGUCCCUGGAAAGUCCCAAGCUCCACCAGGGUUCAGCCUCCAGUGCAUGGAGUCUGAUGCGUCCAUGUGAAUCACUGUGCAUUUUAUUAUUACGUUGUUGUUGUUGUUUUGUACGACUGUCGCCAUCUCUCAUGCCUCAGUUUUGUUUCGUGCCAAUCGGACUGCAGCUACGAAUUUGUCCCCGUCUCCUUGCUCCUUUGUCGAUAACAUGAAGGAUGGCUGUUCUGUGAAGGUUUAAAGCAAAUGUGUGUAUGAAUAUGUAUUAAUUGUCCAUCUUUUAUUUGCCGCAUGUCCUUACAACAACUUUUUCUAACGAUGCAACAGUCCUAAAGAUACUAUAAAUGGGGCGUUAAUCGGUUUUGCGGUGAAAGACCAGAAACUUGUGGUUAUUGUUUACUUCCUGUGUGUUUAUGAAGACGCAUAUGUAAUUUAUUGAAAUUAAUAUGACGAUAUAAGCAUAUAUAUGUAUAGAGGUAUAGCUAUUUGUAUCCAUUCUGAGCCAGGUCACUUAUUAGUGUUCCAGCUUGCCGAUAACCUCUUUCGGCUUCCUAACAAACAUAUUUUUUCACAGUGCUAUAGCUUUUACGGUUUAUCUCGGUGGUGCGUUUGUGAGGUGUGUAUGUCUGUGUGUGUGUGUGUGUGUGUGUGUGUGGGAUCAAAUGUUUGCUCGUUUAAUUAGAAGGUGAAAUGAGAACUGGGAGAAUAUCGGAUAUAUUUUUGCAUACUAUCCAAUCGAACAUAUAUUUUUUCUUAUUCUUUUUAGCACAUUACUCUCGAUCAAAUGAUUCCUACUGCAUUGCUAUCCCAAUACUGGGACUUCUUGUUCAUUUAAAGUGUCUUUGCGCAUCUGUGUCUUUCAGAUUGUCCUAUUUAAUGUCAAGAUGCCGUCUUCUAUUCAAGGGAAAUGUAGCUCAGAAUCAAGUACCAAAUAUUACAGAUGCUAUUCAAUUUUAAAAGCCUCAAACAAUUGGCACAAAGAUUCAAACAUAAAUGCAAAUAUUUUUCAUAACAGUAUUUUUGUCCAUAAGCAGGCGUUAAUCAAACAUUACACAUGCUACAGUGCUUCUAUGUUUUAUCAUAAUAAAAAUGUGAAUAUAAUCGGGUUUAUGAUUGCUCCUCGAUCAUUAUUCUCAACCCUUUUGUAGCUUGUUUCUCUAGCGCAUCUCACACCAUGAGGUUGUAUGUAUGAUACUGUGGCCUUGCAUUGCUUUAUCUUACACAAAAAAGCCUUGUGGUCUCUACAUUGUGGUAGUUGUAAAUGUUUAUAAAAAAAAUACAAUGUACAGCACCUGUAUAAAAUUUGCCUUUGUGAGGGGAAAAAACACGAGAAAAAGAAAAAAAUCUAUAAAUCGCUCCAUUAUUUUUUUAAGUAAUUGAGAGUAUGAGCAUAUAUAGAGAGAAAAAGGUUAAAGAAAUGAAUCUGGUCAUGACCUUCUGUUCAUGCACUGAUGAAUAAAGAUUUACUGAAGAACA